AUGGCCGAAAAAACCCAAAACUUCGACGCCAAAUAUGACAACUACGACUUCCCAACGACGUCGCCCGAAGCACGAUCCGGUCACCCCGGUCAUACGACCGAUGAACAGGAUGCAAAGAUCUUCCAACUCCGUACUCUGCUGGAACAGGAGGGAUACACGGAGCGUUUAGAUACCUUGACUCUGUUACGGUUCUUGCGCGCUCGGAAGUUUAAUGUUGAGGCUGCCAAGGCCAUGUUCAUUGAGUGCGAGAAUUGGAGGAAGGAGUUUGGCACCGAUGAGCUCGUGCAAACCUUUGAUUACACCGAGAAGCCUGAGGUGUUUGCGUAUUACCCGCAAUAUUACCACAAGACCGAUAAGGACGGCCGACCUGUCUACAUCGAGAAACUCGGCAAAAUCGAUCUCAAUGCCAUGUACAAGAUCACCACCUCCGAACGAAUGCUCCAAAACCUCGUCUGCGAGUACGAGAAACUGUCCGAUCCCCGUCUGCCCGCCUGCUCCCGCAAAGCCGGCAAAUUACUCGAAACCUGCUGCACCAUUAUGGACCUCAAGGGCGUCGGAAUCACCAGCGUCCCCUCUGUCUACGGCUAUGUCCGUCAAGCCUCCGCCAUCUCGCAAAACUACUACCCCGAACGUUUGGGCAAGUUGUACCUGAUCAACGCACCCUGGGGGUUCAGCAGCGUCUUCAGUGCUGUUAAGGGAUUCCUUGACCCUGUCACGGUCGACAAGAUCAAGGUGUUGGGAUCAAACUAUCAGUCUGAAUUGUUUGCGCAGGUGCCCAAAGAGAAUCUGCCCAAGGAGUUUGGUGGUACUUGUGAAUGCCAGGGAGGGUGUGAAUUGAGUGAUGCUGGUCCAUGGCAGGAUCCGGAAUGGACUCGUCCUCCUAAGUGGGCUGCUCCUGCUGAGAAGACCGCUGCCUAA